AUUUGAACAUUUUGAAAUGUGUCUUCAGUUUCCCGCACAAACAAUGUCACCCCCAACUUUCUUCCAUCCAUCUUCUUCCUCUCCUCUCAUCUCCGCUGGUUCAAUUCCGAUCAAAACUCCGUUCAGUGCUCUGAAUCUCAUGAACUCUCACCGCUAAACUCUGAAACCUCUCGAACCCAUUGCGCUUUGUAAUUUCAUCUAUCUCCAAUGGCCUCCAAGGACCCUGAAGAGACCGCCAACACGACCACUGAGGAAGAAAGUUUGGCCUUCAAGAAGAAGCGGGCUCGACGCGUGAGCUUUGCUGAUGUCGAGAUCACUUCAGUGCAUAUCUUUAAGCGCGACGAGGACUACGAGACGCCUCCUGAGCCCCAAGCCACUCCCGAGGCUGCUCCUCCGGACAACGAGGUCCUAGGGUUCUUCAGGGACUUGGUUGAUAGCGAUGAUUCCCGUGAAUCUUCGCCUAAUUUGGAUGAUGAUCUUCUUGCGCAGAGGAAAUCGUUUUUGAGACCGCUUGGAUCGCCGUCGCCAGGGAGUAUUUCUGCCGGCUCUGCAACCUCCAAUGAUGAAGACAAUUUUUUUGGACCCGUAUCAGCGAGUUUCAUUAGACCUAUGCGGUUGUCUGAUUCUGCUGCCUCUGAUGAUAAUCAUGACGUCACCAUGGAUUCAACAGCAUUUUCGAUGCAUUUUCGAAGCCUUGCUGAGUCAGACUCAGGGAGGGAUCUCAAGACUCCUACAGCUAUUCGGUCUGGAUUUGAAGAUAGAACACCGACCCAGAACACCAUGCGUACUAACACUGACAGUUUUAUGACACUAACGAGGGCUGACAAGCUGAUUUCGCCAUCUUCUCAAUCUGGUGAUGUGGUAAGAAGUAAAGAUUCUAAUGCAAUGAGUAUUGUGGGAGAGAACUCUGAUAAAUUUGAUUAUGGGAGAUUGUCUCCUUCUUUAGAUGCACUUUUAACCGAAGGAAGCAGGGAUCUCUAUGCUGUUUCAGUGGAUGAAAAAUUGUCUGAACAGAUUGAGACUCGUGAAGUUGAUCAGAAUGGACAAGGCAACUAUGAUGAGGAAAGCUCUGAGAGAACAGAAAUGGAAGAUGGAAGCAAAAAAUAUACCGAACAUGGUAUUGAGGAAAGUGUACCGAACAGUGGCACACCCCAUAAAGUGUUUCAAUCCACUGGUUUGUUACAAAAAGAUUUGUCAGAUGGGUGGGAUAAGGAAGAUCUUCUGGUGGACAAGAGGCAUGAGACACCAAGAAGCAUUGACUAUAAGCUGAAAGAUAUAUCUCCGCUAAAGAGAUUCUUAUCUGCGGAACAGAAAACAUUUUCUGCUACUUUUAAUUCACCUUCAUUUUCCGCUCUUGUGACUCCUAACACGAAGCUGUCAAAUUAUAGAUUGAGUACAGGGAGUAUGAAGUUUAGCAAGGGUAUGUUGUCCAAGCAGAAAAGUAUUUCCAAGUUCAGACUUCCGGAACCUUCUCCAUGUGUUUCAAGUAUUAAAGGAAAUGACAGAUUGAACUCCAGACCAUCUAGUUAUUCUUCUCUGGUUAACUUGAGCGGUCAACCUGAUCAUAGCAAGGGUCUUGAAUACAAAUACAUAGACAUUCCUGUUGCGUGUUUAGAAGAACAGCUUACUAGAUCAAAUGGAAACAACGGUGAAUUUGAAAGUUCAUUUAGCACUUGUGGUAGUGGAGUCAAGACUACAAACGACUUUCCUAGGCUGAGCCAAAGUGAAGAGCCAAAAGGUUUAACCGAGGCUGGAGGAACACCAGACUAUAUGGCUGUGGCUAACUUUUCCAAUGUGCAACCCAGUGAGCCAGCCAUAGAAGCAAAGUCACCUGCUCAAGCUACCUGGAUUGGGGACAAAGAUCUUAUGCCACACGUCUUGAUGUCAGAAGAUCCUUUAUCGAGGUCAUCUACUAGGAUCGAAAUUGAUGACCUGACAAACAUUAGACCCGAUGACAGGGAACAAAAUAACUCAGCUAGUAUGCAUAAUACGCUUGUUUCAUCUCCUUUGAGAAGUUUAGAUGUGAGGUUAUUAGGAGCUACUGAAUGUUCGACUAGUUGCUUUGGUGAACUGAAGCAGUGUGACCAACAAGUCAAGCAUGUUAGUGCUUGUUUGACUCAAGGUGGAGCUGCAGCUGCACCUACCAGCAAUACCAGUCCUUUGAAUUUGAUUGCUGACAAUUCAAGUUCAUUGCAAUCCAAAAUUGGAACUGUGUCAACUUCACCGCUCCUCAAAGGUUUGUCUUUGGUAGAUGAGGAUGAUAAUGAAGUUAACCUUUCAAAUUUGCACAAUAAUUCGGAAACCUUCAGCAAUUUACAAUUUUCUUCGAUCGAUGGGAACAUCCUGAAUUCUCGGUUGGAAAGUCCUGCUAAGAGCUCCAUGGUUGGUGCUUUUUCACCACAGUUUCAGAAGGCUUGGACAAGUGGACUAUCUAUCAUGAAGAGUCCCUUCAAUGGAAAGCCAAACUACAGUCCCAGAAGGAUAAUUUCGAUCCAAACAUCGUCCGGGAAGAAAGAGGCUGUGGUUGCCAUCUCUAGUAAGUCAUCUCCAAGUCCCUUCAAGAAUGAACAAUCUCAGAGUUCCGCAAGAAAAAAGCCAUUUCAAAGUCCCUUCAGGAAUGAUCCUUUUAAUGAAACAAAAGACGAUGGGACAUUUAUGAGGAAAGUUAUGGCUUCUCCAACAUCGAACUCGAGUGGAUAUAUUAAGCAUGAUAGUUAUCAAGCAAGCUGCGUAUUGGGGAGUUCUUCAAGGAAGGGCAAUCAUAGCCUUUCUGGGAGCAAGAGAAGAAAUAUUGACUCAAUGCCUCUUGAUAGGGAUCAUGAUGACAAUGAAGUAAUAGUAAGGAUUCGACAGAACAUAAAACUUAAUCAUAGUGGAAUUUCUGAUGUAGACUCUCCGUUAGAAGAGUCCAAUCAAAUGAGCAAUGGAAGCAAGAGGAUUGAGGGCAAUAGAAAUAGAGCAUUUAUGCAUUGGACAGAUAUGUCAAUAAAAUUUUUAGCAGAGAUAAAUGAUUUGCUACCCCCAUCGAUCAACAAGUUGAACUCAAAAGCAAUUGAGAAGAUUGAAGAUACUUUGGUUCACCUUUUGAAGGUUAAAAAAUAUGAAUUGCUGUGUUCUGAAAUCCAGUCUCAGAAAGUAACCGAGAAUCUUGGAGGAAUGCGUAAAAGAGUAGUGGAAGCCAGGUCAUUGUUGUAUAAAGUAGCAUAUCAGAAGGCGAAGUUUCAGUUGGUGUGUGUAAAGCGUGAUGGAUAUCUGAAUAGAGCACAAUCAUUGAGCUCUCAUAUUGAAGAUCUGCAAAUGUUGAAGUUGAACUAUGACCGCCUCACAAAUUGUGGUUCAAAGAGCAGUCAAAUUGAUGACGGAAACACUCUUUCGUGCCCAAUUGAUUCUGAGGCGUCUUGUGAAAGAGCCAGCACUAUAAAGCACGAAUUCGAAUCUUUGGAUGGGAAGAUAAAGGCACUAAGCAAAUAUUUUUCAACAUACUGUAAGUUGAAAGGAGUAACCAGUUCAACUGACAUUCUUGGAUUGGUUAUUGAUCAUCUAAGGAAGAGAAAGCUCUGCAGGUCUAUUUAUCAGGGUUUGCAGAUGUGGAAAGUAGAUGAUUUUGAGAAAAAGAAUGACCACUACAGCAUACUGCUCAACUACUUUAGUUAUGCCUGUCAAAGGAUUACAAUUAAAGCCACUCCAUUCCCGAGUGUAAGCAUCUUAAAUACAUUGAAUGAUACUCAUAUUGAGAAGAACUUUCCAGAAAUGAAUGCUUGCUGUGCAUUUUCUUUUGUGUUAAACGUUGAGAGGACGAGGAAUAGUAAUGCCUCCAGGCAUUUGUCCAAAGAAACUCAAAUGAUGAGUUCUUUUCUACACAACCUGCUGGAUGUGAUUGAGGAAAUGCAGAUAGCCCAGAUAGAGAUUUCAAAUCUCAUCCUAAUAAGAUUUUACUCACCUUCAGACGAGCAACUUGAUUUGCAGCUUAGUUUCAUUGACUUCCAAAGUGGCAGGAAGGUAAAUCUGGUUCUGGACGUAUCGGAUUUGAGGCGAGGGAUUUACCCUUCUGAAGCUCUUCCGCAUAAGGUUGAAUCUCCUGCUUCGACUGAGUACACACCCUCAGAGUCAAUGUUAAAUGGCAUUAGAACUGCAGUUGGGAAUUUAGAUGCUGGGUAUUUGAGGAUUUUAAGAGUUUGUAGAUGUGUUUCGGAGGUUGUACAAAGGUCAUCAAGCCGACCGUAUCACUUUCUCAGUAUUUCUGCAUGUUAGCUGGCAGUUCCAACAUGAUUGUAAAAUCUAGUCUUGUUAGCCGUCAGGUAUUUUUCCCUCGAAAAUACACAGAGGAAUUGUAACUUUGACUAACCUGUUGGACGAGUUUCUUUAUGAUGUCUGUAAUGUAGCUGAAGCUUGUUAUCUUACGAAAUACAUCUAAACUUUAAGCAAGAUCGAUGAUGUUAACUACAGAGAUUAAUCAGUCUUGGUUUCAUGACUCGGAUCUCUUUCGUUUUCUGUUAUGAGUGUCUCAUCUAAAAGUUGAAGGCCGCCUAUGGAUGUUGGAACAAUGAAUUGCAGGAGGAUCAAGUUGGAACUACACCACAAGGUUAAAGGCUUAAAGCUACCAGUGCACAGGCUUCAUCAAGCAUCAUCAUUCAAAAUUAGGUAAACAAUAAUGUUGAAAAGAAAAGUGAGAGGAGGACAAAGCACUUUUGCACACUUUUUGGGUUGGUGGGGUUGAAUGCUUCAUUGUUGAAUCUUUGAUGUCUUUUCUUCAUUUGCCAAGUAGGCCUUUGAUUCCUUCAUAUUAACAAUAUCCCCUUUUUUUUUUUUUUUUUUUUUGAGCUUUGAAAAUUGAAGAUAGCAUCUAAAGGAACAGGGUUUUGAAUUGGUUUCUCAUUUGUCCUUUUAUUUUCUCUGUACAAUUUGUUCUCUUCCUUCCAAACAUGAUCUGAGUAGAGUGGCUUUUCAAGUGGGAUUUACUGUUUGUUGUAAAGU